AUGGAACAAAAAUCAGACCAAACUAUUGAGUUAGAAACCGAAGUUAUCUUAAGAGUUCCAUCGGAAGCUGCUGCUACGUUAAGAGAGUUAAUAAAAAAAGAUGCCAAAGAACAACUAAGUAUAAAACUAGAGAAUGAUAUUCGCAAAGGUGAAGUAAUCAUCGGCAAUCAUCAUCUAUUUGCAAAGGUUGUUGAUUUGCCAACUAUCAUUGAAGGACAAAAAACAAUUGACAACAAGACUGUGUAUAAAACUGCAGAUAUAUGUCAGAUGAUUAUAUGCAAAGAAAAUGAAGAAUUUUUACUGUCUGAUGAAGAUGAUAAAACCAAAGUUUUUAAAAAAAAAGAACCUAAUAAAGUUGAUAAAAAAUAUUUGUGGCCACAUGGUGUAACACCACCAUUGAAAAAUGUACGAAAACGAAGAUUUCGUAAAACUCUUAGAAAAAAAUAUGUUGAAGCUCCAGAAAUUGAAAAAGAGGUUAAAUAUCUUUUAAAAAGUGAUAGUGAAGCCCUAAGUGUAAAAUGGGAAGUAGUAUCCGAAACAGAGGUUCAAAACAAUAGAAAAAUUAAAGAAGAACCUUUUAUGCAAGGUGAAAUGCAUAAUGAUCUAAAGCAAGACAUUGCUGAAAGAGAUAUUUUUGGUGAAGCUCUAAGUGAUUCAGAUGAAGAAGCUGGUAACAUAAAUAUAAUGGAUAUGGAUGAAGAUAUGAGUAAUGAUGAUAGUCGUUUCUCUGAUACUAAUUCAUUAAUGGAAGAGAAACCUUCGAUUUCUGGAUCCCAAAAGCUUGUUACAGAGUUUACUAAAGAAAUGUUUAUUUCUGAUGAUAAUUCUCACCAUGGAAUAAAAAAAGAAGAUGGAAUAGAUUCCACAUUUGAUGAAAGUAUGGGUUAUAGAGAUGAUAUAGGUGAUGAUCUUAAGUCCGAAUUAGAACUUAGCGAUGAAAGUAAACAUGGUGAUACACCUGUUUUGUCAACAUUGGUUCCAUUAGAAGCUGGAAAUGUGUCUGCUGACGACAUAAAACAUAAAAUUGAUCAGUUACAACAAGAAAUUGAAGAACUUAAAGAACGUAAAAGACAACAAGAUUUGGAAAUUGCAAAUAUUGAAAAUAUAAAUUUAAGAGAACGUUUUAUAAGUAUAUCUAAUAAUUUACUUACUGAGCAACUAGAAAAAGAACAACAGAUUCAAGAACUUCAAUCAUUUCUUCUUUAA